AUGCACACUCGUGAGCACACCACUGAAGGAAUUCCGGACGCUGGACUGGCCGUGGCCACAACAAGUCCUGUGCAACUUGACCUGACGCGGGUGCCCACGGAAAGACUCGGUGAAGAAUUUAGGUUAACCCUCAAAGACAACGAAGUCUAUGGGGGGUAUAGCCUGGUCGUUCACGGAGCCGGAUCGCCCGGUACCCGCAAAUAUGGUAUCAAAAAACGUAAUAGUUCUUCGGACUUUACGUCCGAGGAUCCAUCCCAAGCAAGAGAGAAGAGUUAUAUGAAGGCGGAUGUGGACACCGUCACAGUGUGGUACACUAACACCUUCAGUGUUAGGGACAAAUGGGAAGAGUUGGCGACGCCAACCCAAAACUCGGUGAUAAUAGCUAUCACUGAAACUUGGAUCCGGCAUGAGCAGGAUGUAGAGAAGCCCAGCGAGUACUCGACUUAUAAACAAGAUUUAGUGGACGGAAGACAAGGCGGAGGAGUACUUCUGCUAGUCAAAGCCGCUUAA